UGAUGUUGUUGCCCAUGCAGACAGAACGAUCGGGAGUUUUCGUGAAGUGACCCAGCGGGAGGAGCCGUGCCAAUGGCAAGAGUUGUUACGGCAAGGACCGAGCUUGCACACGAGAAGUUCGAAGCUCCAUCAUCAUCACUGACACGACCAGCGCUGCGCACGCAAACCCGACCAUACGCCCCUGGUGACGCCCCAGGCCGCAUCCGCUUGUGUUUCUUCGCGCCCGCACCGCUUUUCUCCUCCGCUCUCCCUUCCCCCGGCCGCCGCAAUGCUUCGAACAACACCUCUCCUCCGGCAGUCCCUGACCAGCCUGUCCUCAUCGCGGACAGCCGCCGCGAGCCUCACUCCUCUCGCACGAGGCCAGACGACACAGCAGAAGCGAUGUGCACACGCCAUUUCCAACCCUACUCUGGCCAACAUUGAGAAGCGGUGGGAGGCUAUGCCACCACAGGAGCAGGCUGAUCUGUGGAUGGCCCUGCGUGACCGCAUGAAGGUGGAUUGGAACGAACUCACUGUGCAAGAGAAGAAGGCCGCAUACUGGAUUGCUUUUGGACCUCACGGACCUCGCGCGCAGGCUCCCCCAGGCGAGAACACCAAGGUUUUCGCAUACACCAUUGUUGGUGUUCUUGCUGCCGGUGCGCUCUUCGGCUUUACCAGAUAUUUCGCUCGCGAGAAGCCACGCACCUUGAACAAGGAAUGGCAAGAGGCUUCCAAUGAGUAUUUCAAGGAGAAGCAAAUCGAGCCAAUCACUUUCAUCGGCGGCGAGGACUACAAGGGCAAGGGCCUCGUGCAGUCACCUCCCAAAGGCAAGGACGAGUAAACUGUUCCCAUAGACGCGAGCCGCAGAGUGUUGUACUAUCUGUCCAUAUUAGAGCGGUAAAUCGCAUAUCUCACUCGACUCACGAGCGUUUUUCCUUGUGUUGGCUGUAGGGAAGUUUGCGGUAAAAGUGGGAGAAGAGUGAACGAAAGGCGUUUUGUCUUGCUGAACUUUUCAGUCGCAGAGAAAGCCACCAUGUACAAAGGAGCGCAGUAUGGCAUAAAUCUUUUACAAUCACUUCACACGCCUGUUCGUGUUGCAGUGUUAUUGCCGAACUUCGAACAGACGCAGAUAACCAAUGCUAUUGUUACCCUCCGAG